GCUACAUGAUAGCGUUUGGUUCUUCUAUGCAAUACCUCUUUACGCAUCGCAUCGAGGGCGUGGCGAAGCGGACCUUGGCUUGGGAGUUGGGGCCAAUCGAUGGGAUUGUAUGGUGCGUCAGUUAGGACUGCACUCGCACCAACACAGGACUUUUCACUGUUCAGUGCCAGUGGUGUUUGAGCGACAUUACUGCUUCUCUCUUCUCUGUUGCUGAGGCGCCAACUCCAAGAGUAUACAAAUGUCGGACGUGUCGGAUACUGCGCCGGAUAAGUGGACUACUGAGCACGUCCUUGCAUUCCUUAAGCAGAAUGGACUGGAAGCUAUUUCUGCGGUGUUCCAGGAGAACGAGGUCACAGGCCUCGACUUGAUCCUGCUGACGGAGGGCGAGCUUAAGCACAUGCUGGGCAUCACCAACUUGCAGGCGGCCAAGGUGAAGUCGCUGGUGAACGCGCUGGCGCCCAAGCCGGAGCCGGUGGAGGGCGAGCCCGAGCCCAUGGAGGAGGACGGCGCUGGCGCCCCGCUCAGCCCCAGCGAGACGAGCGCCACCGCCGCGCGGGCCGCUGAGGCCGAGACUGACUUUAACGCCGCGGCGGUACCGCGUGUGGCGGAGAGCGCGGAGCGGGAGGAUCACGGCGGUGACGAGGAGGAGCAGGAGGACAUGGCGCGUGCCGUUGUGACACGUGCCGUGUCGCACAGCCAGCCACGCGCCGUGCCCAACGCCACUGCCACCACUAUAUCGCACGCCCAGCCUGCCGCCGUGCUGCCCACUGGCACCGGCAACAUCACGCUGGAUGCUGACACCGUGGGCCACUACCAGCGCGCCACCGCCGCCAUCAGCGAGCUGGAGGCCGCGGGCGUCGCGCAGGCGCUGCCGGGCGCCCGCGAGCGGCUCAAGUCCACACAGCAGCGCCUCAAGCUGCAGAAGAACAAGUUUGACGAGCUGGUGAAGGAGGAAGAGGAGCGCACCCAGAAGCUCGGCAACCUGGAGGCGGGCAAGUGGUACCCCGGCAAGUACCUGUUCGGUGCCAAGAAGCGUGAGGAGAAGCUGGAGCGCAACAAGGAGAAGCUGGAGACAGUGACCAACAAGGUGCGGGCGGCGGGUGCGGAGCUGGAGCAGCUGCAUGUGGAGGAGGCGGCGGCGCAGAAGGAGGUGGCGGAGCUGGUGGGCAAGUGCAAGUCGCUGGACGAAGCGCGCACCUACGUGGCCCAGCUGCUGGAGAACGUGUUCCUGGGCGGCCGAGUGGGCGACGCCACGGAGAACGCGCUGGAGUCGGAGGUGGCGGGUCUGGGCCCCAAGCUGGCUGAGAUGCGGCGCUACAAGACCGUGUACAGCCAGGCCUACGAGCUGAUGCGCGGCGCCACCAAGGCGCUGGAGCAGGGCAUUCAGCUGCUGGAGGCCGCAAGCAGGAUGGCCACGGUGGAUGUGGUGGGCAGCGCCAUGCGCGGCCCCCGCGGCCAGUUCCGACCCACCAUGGGCAGUGUCAUGGUGGACAUGGUGAAGCGCUCCCAGAUGCGGCAGGGCAUCCAGCUGUGCAAGCAAUCUGGCGAGCUGGCGGUGAAGGCGCGGCAGAUGAUCCCGGACAUGCCGCGGGUGCAGGUGGAGAAGCUUCAGCGGCUGCGCAUGGGCUUCGGCCUCAUGGAUGUCGCCUUCGACAACAUGAUCUCGGACAUGAUCGUGGCCGCCAAGAUUCGCCGCAUGCUGGGCGAGGCCCGCUCCGUGCUGAGCGACGUGGCGUACGGCGAGCGCUGGCUGCAAGGCUGGAUUCAGGGCCGCAUUGACGCCGACCUGAGGUCCACUGAGGCGCUGUUGGCGGCGCGGCGCCAGCAGCUGCACGCGCACCGGGCAGGACUGCUGGGCGCCUGGAUUGAGGCGCGUGCGCGCGGCGCGGUGGUGGAGGCGCCCGUGGCCGCGACCGGUGUGCCUGUGUACGGCGGCCCAGCCGCCGUGCCGCAUGGCUACGUGGUGUAGUAGUGGCUGCGGCGGUGGGCGGUGGCGGAGCUGGACCUAAGGUUACCGUUUCAGGCGCGUGAGUGUUCGGCCACACGACUCCAGCCGCCACGUACGGCGGUGUACAGGCUGCAAGAUGGGACGACACUGCUGACUGGGAGCGCCGCGCAGGUCCGGAGGUGCACCGCAUGUGACAACGCUGGCUUCAUCUUACUGGGUACUGCAAGGCGUGGCUCUGACAACCACAAGGAUUGCGCCGGCACCUUGCACUGGACGCAUGCGACUGCUGUGCACAAUGGAAAUGAAAUGAAUGCAUGUUCCGGGCAGGGUCUGCAUAUGGACCGCUUUGCGCGAAAACCUAUUGAACGGUUGUGGAACGUCGGCAGACAACUGGGGAGAGGGUGGUUUCCCUUCGGGCCGGAGAUGGUCCCUCUUGACCUGGGUGCUGGGCACCCUUGCUUGGUCGGACUGUCCCUUCCUUGUAAUGUCGCAAUCAUAUGGACAGACGGUGAUUGAGCUACUUGCAUGGCUUUCCAUAAAACUACUGCCAGUUCCGGGAUGCACAGGUAGCCGACUGCAAUCCUGCAAGCCGGCACACCGUCACGGUCUGCGGUCUGUGCCGGCGAGCAUAGUGUGGCACGGUGGGGAUUUACUGCUGUAUGGUUUGUUGCCUGAUGUGCUUGUGCUUGACAGCGGGACGUGGCUGGACACAUGCUGGGCGGUGCCUGUACAAACCGACUCAGGCUCUGUCCGUGAGAUAUGGCGGUUUUGAAAUCUUCGGCAUCAGACAUUACACCAACGUGGCGUGGCGGCACACGGGCACAGCCUCUUAUCCCCUUGAGAGGCAGGCCCUCAUUGGUCACUUGUCCUCCAAAAGGUAUCCGACAUUCAAGCCAGCACCAUCAAGAGUUUAAUUGAAUUGCCAUGACAUUACAACCCGCAAGCACGAACUGUUAGGUGAUGUAUGCGAAUCCACCACCGGAUGCUACACAACACCUCAAUUUGCCUGAAUCGUGGGCGCUUGGCCGGUCAAACUCCGUCAACAAGGUCAAUAAAGUAACAUGGUCUUUUCUGUGACUACCUCAUACCUGCUCAUACGCAUUGGCACGUGACUCGCACCCGUGUACUCGGUGGGACUGGAUCUGAUGAGCUGACUUGCGCAUGAGGUAUUUGGCGUGACGUUCCUGGGCUUUCUAUCACGCCGGCACGCAGACGAGCGAGAGCUCCAAACCUACCAGCGCCGGGUUGGAGUCGUCCACCGAGAACAUCUUCUCGCGCAC